AUGGUCGAGUCCAGCGACCUAUCCCCCGACGAUGUCAAGUCGGCUGAGUUAAUAGAAGCCUCAAACGCAACUGAAAAAGCCCCCUCCCCCUCAAUUUCGUCCAGGCCGAUAGACGCGGAUCGGGAAGGAUCAGAAGCCGGACAAGGGGGCCUUGUUGACUUCGGCGACGAGACGGACUUAUCAAAUUCUCAAAAUUGGUCCCCGAAACUCAAGUGGUCGCUAAUUGUUUUAGUCUCUCUGUUGGAUUUCGCAGUAUCUCUAGCGACGAUCAUCUGUGCGCCAGUCGCACCCCAGAUCUUGGCCGAGUUUAACGAGACAAAUGAUUUCUACAUAACCUUUAUUGUCUCGGUCUGGGAGCUUGGCGAAAUUUUCGGCCCGCUCAUCGUCGCUCCUCUCUCUGAGCUCUACGGACGAUUGUAUAUUUACCACGCCGGCAAUGUCCUCUCCAUUAUAUUCUCGGCCGCUUGUGCCUUGAGUACUAAUAUCCAGAUGCUGGUAGCAUUCCGCUUCCUGAAUGGCCUGGCAGUUGUGUCCACGGCACUCAACCCUAGUAUUGUUGGUGAUCUCUUCCGAGUUGAACAGCGAGGAAGUGCAAUGUCAUUAGUAGGUCUUGCUACGAUGAUGGGGCCCGUCGUCGGUCCUAUCAUAGGAGGUUAUCUUGGCGGCGCAAUGGGAUGGCGAUGGUGUUUCUGGCUCAUCACCAUCCUGUGCGGCUUUCUCGAAAUAUGCUUUUUGCUCUUGCUGCGUGAAACCUAUUCCGUACAGAUCCUAAAAAGCAAAGCAAAGAAACUCCGCAAGGAGACGAAUAAUCUUAGCAUAAAGUCUAAGUACGAAACGGAUCAUACGGCGCUGCAACUGCUUCAAAACGCGUGUAUACGGCCUAUGUUAUUGCUCUUCACGUCGCCCAUUUUAUUCCUAAUGUCCCUAUACGUUGCUGUGGUUUAUGGAUAUCUCUACCUCGUUAUGACAACUAUCACCUCUGUGUUCGAAUCUGUUUACAAUUUUUCGUCAACCGUAGUCGGCCUCAGCUUUCUGGGACUUGGUAUUGGCUGCGUGAUUGGUGUUUUCUUCUGCCGAGCAACGCUCGAUCUCUGGGUUCGUCGUCAGGCCAAAUCCGGACAUGUUCAACCUGAACAACGUCUUCCGCCUGUUAUAUUCGGCGGGUUUAUUCUUCCCGUUGGUUUAUUCAUGUACGGUUGGACAGCCGAGGUUCACACACAUUUCUUGGCGCCAAUAAUCGCUACCGGGAUCCUGGGCAUGGGUCUUGUUUCCACUACAAUUCCGGUGCGAAGCUACCUCGUUGACGCAUUUGGAAUAUACGCUGCAAGCGCAAUUGCCGGGUGUGCUGUAUUAAGAAAUCUUGGUGGAACCUUUGUUCCGCUCGCAGGGCCACCAUUGUAUCAAAAGCUAGGGCUCGGCUGGGGCAACUCGGUGUUGGGUUUUAUUGCGUUAGCUUUUAUACCUGUCCCGUUGCUCUUGAUGAGAUAUGGUCAAGCAUUAAGAUCAAGGGACAAACGGAAAUUCGAAUGGUGA